AAUCCAAGAGUCACACCAAGGAGCAGCUUCGGAAGUCGAGGCCGACUUUAUGCCCAAAGUGCUGAUUGGCAAGCUUUUCAAUACACGAGGCACCAAGACAGCUUUGGAGGCACUCAUAGUCAAGCUGACUUUUUGCCCAAAGAGGCAGAUUGUCCUGCAAAAAUAGGAAUCACAUCUACAGUGACCAGUAACAGUGGGCCAAGUAGGCAAAAUUGACCAGGAUAUGUAGUCUAGGUGUGCAGUGACAAAUAGUAAACCAGGCACACAUGACAGAUGUAACUAGCCACCUCUGGUGCCAAAGGCAACUAUGUCAGGUGUUCUACAGAUUCAGUCAUUGUGGAUGACGAGCGCAAGACACUAAAGAUCUCUCUUCUCCCUCUCUAGGAUUGCCAAGUCGCAACCUGCAGCCCUGCAUCACUAUGGGCCCAUUUGGUGCAACUUCUUGCAAGCUGAAAUCUAAUAAUAAAAAAGGAGAAGUUAAAAGCACUCAUUUCCUACUUUUCUAAUGAUCAGUUUUUUUCAACUUAUACAUAAGUUAUUUCAACCCCAUAAGUUGUAAGCCGAAGCUGCACCAAACGCUGACACAUUUUUCUGAAAUAAAAAAGUUAUAAGCAGUAGCACCAUAAGCUGCACGAAACAGGGCCUAUCUACUUAACCAUGGAACCCGAGGAUUCCAAGGUCUGCCAAACAAUCACCCAGAUCAUGCAGAUGCGUGCUGUACUUGAACUCUCUGCCCCUUGCUUUUCACCCAAAUUGGCAUUAAUGCAUCAUGUCUUGUGUGUUCAGGGACAACUUUGAUUGAGGGGUUGGUUGAGGUGAUACAGGUCUGUCCGCAAGACCACCUCUGUUAUGGCCUUGGUGUCUAAUUCUGAGAACAAGGUACAUACUGCAUUUGUUGGCCUUGCAUAGGGGGCAGUUUCCUGUCUCCAGGGUGUGAAUGGCAAUUUUAUAAAAAUCAGUUGAUACUCAGUUAUGUGGCAGCAUAAUGGUAUCAUAGAGACCCUGUUUCUCUGUCUGAGGUAGAGUGGCUGCUAUGGUCUUGUAUUUUCUGUACGGUUCAUUCCAGUACGUCAGUCACCUCAAAGCGUACUACAGUGACAUUUGUGUCGGUGCAAUUGCAUGUCGGCUUGAAAAGAAGGAAAGUGGGGCUGUCCGUGUAUACAUCAUGACAUUGGGUGUUUUGGCACCAUAUCGUGGGCUAGGUAUUGGUACAAAACUGUUGAAUCAUGUCCUUGAUCUUUGCUCGAAGCAAAACAUUGGUGAGAUAUACUUGCAUGUGCAGACGAACAAUGAAGAUGCCAUCAGUUUUUAUAAGAAAUUUGGGUUUGAAAUCACAGACACCAUCCAAAACUAUUACACAAACAUUACCCCACCAGAUUGCUAUGUCGUUACCAAGUUGAUCGAUCAAGCAAAGAAAUAACACAUUUAAAGCUCGGUUCCCUACUACAUGCUCAAUAGGAUCAUUAUUUUUCUUUGUUUUGAGCUUCGUUCGCCUUGCGUCGAUUAAACUUGGGGAGUCUAGCAUCAUAUGCCAGAAGCGAGCAUGAGAUAUUGACCAUUUUCAUUUCUCAUGCUUUUCUGUUCAAUUGAUGAAUGCCUUUGCUAUUGAAUCUCUUUUGUUCAAGAAACAGUUUUGUAAUUUGUUUUAUAGAACUAUUUAAAGGAGUUCCCUGGUGUAACCCAAUUUUCACAUUUGUCAACUGUCUGUAAGUGGUUUUGUCGAAGUAGUUGCAUAUUAACUGAUAUUUUUUU